UUAAGUUCAUGUAUAAAGUAAUAUCUACAAAUGGAGAACUAAAUAUAACUCGUUAUUUUAUUGAAUUUGGAAGAUUUUACAUAUGCGGAAGGCUGUUGGUCAGUAUGCAUAUUGCUGUACGAAUACUUAUUGAUGUAGGGACGUAUAAACCAUGAAUCAAAUUUAGACGUGUUAGGUUGAUGCGUCACUUCGAACAGUUACCCUAGAAAUUUCAAAGCAGGUUUUUUUAAGAUGUGAAGAAUUGAAUGUACUAUUCAAAUAGUAGUUUUAAAGAGAUACUGCAUAUCUUCCUUUUUAUAUAAGUAAUAGUGUUGUGACCAAGACAGAUUCUAAUGAAUGGAACGUACUAACACACAGAUACACAAAUUCAUAUGUUUUCCCUUUGUGUAAGCGGCUGCAUAUGACAACAAAGAUAAAGUAUUAAGUUCUACUUCUUGUUAUGCUUUUUAUCUCAACAAACAGUCGUGGGUUUGAGAACCGGUUUGUCCAGUUUUCUGCCUCAAAAAGGAACGUAGAAGAGAAACGAAUAAGACAUGAGAGCAUAGCUUUUUCCUUUUCCACUUUGCUUUCUACACCUGGUCUACGUGUGUGAUGAACUGGUUAAAUGAAGGUAUGACCCAGCAUGACGAUGCUGAAUGUUCUGAACAAUGAUCAAGGGAAUGUAAAAGGAAAUAGUGUUGAGAUACUUUCGUAGUGAGAUGGUCCAACUCUCGUUUCGUUUAUUUCAUUGGAGUAUCUCUGCUCUUGCCAAGAUGCUAGGUACCUUUUUCCGUUCCCGUUUCGGCAUUCUAUGUUACAGCGUGCUUGCUAGGCUGCGCAAAGAAAAUGAACUUUGACUGCUAGAAAAAGUACAGGAAAUCUCUGCAUUUAAGAUCUACGAUUUGUUCAGGUUUCAGGUUAAAUUAUGUAAACAAACGCGCGGAAGAAUUAUUCUGUGAAUACAUAGAUCUGUGCUAUUAAAAACGAUAAGUGGGAAAAACAACCAAAAAGGUGUCAACUAGAAACGAGCAAAAUGCCUUCUCAACCUUACGAUCUCGUUAAGGAUGACCAAGACAUUCGUGUACCGCUUUAUCCGGAACAAGCAUUCUAUGGAAAUGGAAUAAGUUUUCAAGCAAGGCUGAUUGGUUGGCAGAUUGUAUCACGUCCAAAUAGCAGAUCGGAGAUUGUUCAAGCGAUGCGAAGGAUACGAUACGAAUGCAAAGUGCAAAAUGAUAAAAAAAAGAAAAUAGCUUUCCAUGUAUCGGUUGAUGGCGUUAGAGUUUGCUUAAAAAGAAAAAAAAGAAAGGUGAAAAAACGGCAAUGGAAUGAGAAUUCUGAAUUAGAAAUCCUGAGUCAUCCGAUUUAUAGGAUUUUUUAUGUUUCUCAUGAUAGCAAUGAUUUGAAAAUAUUUAGUUACAUUGCUAGAGACGGGAGCAGUGAUGUUUUCAAAUGUUGUGUUUUUAAAACCAAUAAAAAGUCUCAAGCGAUGCGUAUUGUUCGCACAGUAGGACAAGCAUUCGAAGUAUGUCACAAAUUAUCCAUACAAGACAGUGGGGGCAACAUGGACGAAAAUUCGGAGACAUCUAACUGUGAUUUUUCUGAGCAGGAUAGAAUUUCCGACAAAGUUAGUGACGAUGGAGAUUUUAAAAAAGACAUUGCAGCAGAUGCAGAGGAUUUGCCACAAAUAAAUGCAUCAUCAAAUUUGGAUUUAGACAUUUUACCACAAACGAAACCAACGUCGCAAGAACAUCAAAAAGAACUCAUGCCUGAAAAUAUACCUCUGUCAUCAUCAAAUGAAAUUGUAUCACUCAAAGAACAAUUAGAACAACAACAAAUACAGUGCAGACAGAUAGUUGCACAGUUGGUAUUGGUACGAGAACAGCUGAUAACAGAAACAAAUGCAAGAAUUGAAUCACAGGCUCGCAACCAACAACUAUUACAACAGAAUCGAGAACUUUUGGAACACAUUGCAUCACUUGGUGGUUAUCAUGAACCUGAUCGACCUGGAAUGUCAACGACAAUUGGAUUAGCACCACAGCUUUCUUCUUCUGCGAAAGUAGCGCGUUGGUUUCAUCAGCUGCAAUGGACAAAUCAGACACAGCCUCUUUCUAGACCAGAAAGUGGAUUUGUUUCAGGAGAUUCCCGGUCUGAAAAAAAUCCAAAAUCAGAGGCAGACAUAACCGAUAGUUUAACCAAAGAUCAAAGACAACAUCAUAAUGUAGAUUUGUGUGAUGAGUACUUACUGAUUGAGGGAACAAGUAAUCUGUGGAGCAAGCUUAACGUUAAAAAACGUAAAAAACUAUUAAGCAUGAAGCUAGGUAAAGUUACAACAUUCUAAAUACUAAGUAUUUGAAAAAAUAUACAAAAACACUUAAUAAUUCGGUCUUCCGAGCUGGUACUAAGCAUUUUUUAUCCUACAAAAUGGUAAAAUAUAGUUUACAUUAUUGGUAUAGAUAAGGCAUGUUUUUUAUCGAAGUAUCGGGAUUUCUGGAAAAUUCUACGCGUGGAAUUUCGAUUCGAUUCUGAUAGUUUCCGAAUUCUUAAUUCGGAUAUCCCGAUGCAUCGAAUGCAAUUCCGCAUUUUUACUAGAGAUUCUUAUUUUUAAUAAAUAUUUGAGCCAUACAUAUUUAUGUAAUUCUUAUCAAUUGCAAGACUCAAUAAAUACAAAAUUAAUUUAAUUUUUAAAAUAAAUCACUUUUACGUACUAUUAGGCAAUUUUAGGUUUAUAGAUAGUUAUGACAUUCAUUUAUCAGAUUUAUUUGGGAUCAUUGAUAUCCAACCUUACUAUUUUCAGUAAGCAUUAAUUUCAUUUUUAAACUAUAGACAAUAACAGUAUUGCUUUCCAAUUUCAAUGUAUAGAAGUAUAAAAAUUAAGAUGCAGGAAAUUGGUUAGCCUUUAGAUUGAAUUAAAUUAACAAUAUAGCAAAAUUAAAUCAUUUGUUUCGACUGAAAUAUUCACAACUUGAAUGCUUUUUAUAGUAAUAAAAAUAUAUUUAAAGUAA